AUGAUCCCAGAAGACAAUCUAGGUGCGGCGAUUCGACUAGAAGCGUUCAGAGACGCCGACUUUGCCGCCUACAAGACGGACCGGAAGUCAAUGACGGGUGGCAUCGUGAUGCUGAACGGGAUGGCCGUCAGCUGGGGUGCGUGGAAGCAGGGAGGCGUCUCCCUGUCGACGACGGAGGCGGAAUUUGUCGCGGCGAGUGAAGUCACGCGCGAGCUGCUCGGCCUGCGCGGAAUGUUGUGCGAAGUGGACGUAGAGCCCGCGCUUCCGAUGCAGUUGCGGGUGGACAACCAAGCGGCGAUCGAGCAGAUCGCGGGAGAGGCAUCAUCGCUGAAGGCAAAACAUGUAAAUGCGCCCUAA